GAAAAGUUACCUCACACCGACUCGCAAGUACCUUCUUCGGCCUCCAAGGACUUUUCAGUCUUGGAACGACUCUCGAGACAAUGUUUCUAUUGAUUUCUGCAUUCUUGAUCCCACUUCUUUUAUACAUUUAUUUGAUAUGGACCUAUGAUUAUUGGAAGAAGAAAAAAGUACCGUUUCCAGAGCCUAUAGCUGUUUUUGGCAAUAUAAAAGACAUUGUCCUGCUGAAGAAGUUCCCCGGUGCCUGCCACCGGGAGAUAUACUGGGAAUAUCCGAAUGAGAAGUUUGUCGGCAUCUACCAACUGAGGAACCCGAGCCUGCUCAUCAGAGACCCGGAGUUGAUCAAACGCAUCCUGGUGAAAGACUUUGACCACUUCAUGAAUCGGGGUUUUCACAUUGACGAAAAAAGAGAACCGCUGACUGGGCACCUUGUCAACCUCGAAAGCAACCGUUGGCGCAUCCUGAGGAACAAGCUCACACCCGCUUUCAGUUCAGGGAAGAUCAAGAAUAUGUUCCCCCUUCUCGUAGAGUCUUCAAACAAACUGCAGCAAUUUGUUCAGAAUGAACUUGGAGGUAGCGAAGGGAUCAUUGAACUCCGUGAGACUACAGCAAGAUUCACAACAGACGUGAUCGGCUCUGUGGCAUUCGGCUUGCAAUUUAACGCAAUGUCAGGCGAUUCUGUAUUUCGAGAGAUGGGCAAGAAAGCCCUUCAGCCUACUGCUAAAGCCGCGAUGGCCAAAGCGAUGAGGCAUUUCGUCCCUUGGAUCUUCGACGCACUGCGGAUGAGGACGUUCCCGGACGAGAUCAACUCUUUCUUCACCGGGGUGGUCCGCGAGACGAUGUCCUAUAGGGAAAAAAUAGACUCGCAGCGGAACGACUUCCUCCAACUCAUGAUCCAGCUGAAGAAGGCCGACUUCAAAAACCCCGUUAAAGACGACAUCUUGUUUACAGAUUCGGUGAUUGCAGCCCAAGCCUUUGUAUUCUUCUUGGCCGGGUUCGAGACCUCCUCCACUACCAUGAGCUUCUGCAUGUACGAGCUUUCUAAAAACGUUAAAUGCCAGGACAAAGCGCUGGAGGAAAUCAAUAAAGUCUUGGAAAAACACGGUUCGCUCAACUACGACGCCGUCAUCGAGAUGAACUAUCUUGAAAAUAUUCUGCUGGAGACGAUGAGGUUGUAUCCACCGGUGAGCGGUCUUUCCAGAGUGUGCACCAAGCCUUACCAGAUACCCGGCACAGACGUCGAGAUCGACCCCGGGGUGGCGAUCGUGAUUCCCGUUUACGCCCUGCAGCACGAUCCCGAGUAUUUUCCGGAUCCGGAACAGUUCAUACCGGAAAGGUUCGACGACAAGGACAUACUGAAAAGCCAUACUUAUAUGCCGUUCGGUGAGGGCCCACGAAUCUGCAUAGGGCAGCGAUUCGCUAUGCUUGAGAUGAAACUCGCCCUGGUGCAGUUGAUCAAAAAUUACGAGAUGCGUCUGAGCGAAAAGACGGUUCAGCCACUGGUCCUCGAUCCAAAAUCCUUCAUCCUGGCUCCGGUAGAUGGAAUCUGGAUCAAGCUCGUUUCCAGGAAAUAUUAAUUAAUUACUGUGAUAUUUUAAUUUUAUUUUAAAUUUUCUAUUUUUUAAAUUGUAUCUACACCUUAUGUCAUGAACAUUCAGAUCAGAAAGAACGAUUAUAUUUUUAAUUAAAUUUUUAAGGUAAACUUUCGGUCUUUACUAAAUGUUUCCUAGUAACUUUUAUCGCGUAAUAAGAAUAAAUGUUGUUUUUUUCAACUUUUUAUCUUCUUUUAAAAUGAAUAAAGGGUUAAGUAAGGGGUGAAAAACAGGUUCUUCUAGAGUAAGACGAAAAAAUAAUGAAUACUACGAGUAUAUUAAAAUAUACUGGUUUUAUUGGAAACUAAAUGAUGAAAAACCAUAGUUCUUAUAUGUAAUGAUAUAUAUUAAAAUAUACUUUAUGACAUAAAGUAAAUUACAUAUUGUUUGAUUGUCUGACCCAAAUAUUAUUUUAACCAAUACGAUCAUAGUAUAUGUUUUGCUUUGAAAGAAAAGAACAUCAGUUAUUUCUUACAUAUCAAUUUUGUGAUAUUAUUGAUGAAAUGUUCAUCUAGGAUAAAAUGUGUACAAUU